AGUCCCGCAAAGAAACGCCAGUGGAUAAAAGAGAAAUUACGGAAGAACUAAAGAAUAAGAGUAAAAGCUGGUUUUGAUGAUUACAUUGCAUUGCCAAACAGCUUUUGGGGAUAUGAACACCGUUAUUGGCACAGACGAUUCAGAAAAUCUGCAAUAAAAUCACACUCUUAGUCAGUGAUUUCAACAGUCAGGAUCUGAUUCUACAAGAGAUCAGUGGAUUUUUCAGAGACUGGGGCACAAUUUCCUGAAAAUUUAUUUCUUUAACAUCUUCUUUAAAGAUUAACAUCUUUAUCGAAGUGAAUUCAGACUCGGUUGCAAUGACAGAUCUCAGUGAAAAGAUGCAUAAACCGGAGACAGUGUGUAUCUUUGGAACGGGUGAUUUUGGACACUCACUGGGGCUCCGUUUGCUCCAGUCAGGAUACAAUGUUGUGUAUGGAUCCAGGGGCCCUAAAAACUCUCUGUUGCUGCCUAAGGGGUCAAAGGUCAUGACUCAUGCAGAAGCAGCUUGUGAAGCUCGUGUGGUAUUCGUGGCUGUGCAGAGGGAGCACUAUGGAUUUUUGAGCUCCCUGGCUUCAGAUCUUGAGGGAAAGGUGCUGGUAGACGUCAGCAAUAAUCUCAGGAGGGGUCUGUACCCAGAAUCCAAUGCAGAAUACCUGAGCAGGCUGGUUCCAGGGGCGACGGUAGUCAAAGCCUUCAACACCAUCUCUGCCUGGGCACUGCAGUCUGGAGGACUAGAUGCCAACAGACAGGUACUUCUCUGUGGAGACCGUUCUGACGCUAAACAGCAAUUGAUGGACAUUGCUCAAAGUCUCGGUUUCACUGCCGUGGACAGAGGCUCCCUCUGGGCGGCUGCUGAUUUAGAAGAUCUGCCCUUGCAACUCUUCCCUCUCUGGAGACUUCCUCUCAACAUCGCCAUUUGUUUAACAGCUUUCAUAUUCUUCUACACGCUCACAAGAGAUGUUAUCUAUGAGCGUGUUAACAAUGGUAAAGACAUCGCUUUUCGAAUUAUGGUCUCGCUGGCCAACAAGGCCUUUCCCAUCGUCUCUCUGGUGAUGCUGUCCUUCUGUUACCUGCCGGGCGCGUUGGCUGGAUUUCUGCAACUUUAUAAUGGCACUAAGUAUCGUCGCUUCCCUGAUUGGUUGGAUCGCUGGAUGCUGUGCAGGAAGCAGCUGGGUCUGCUAGCACUGGCCUUCGGUUUUCUACAUGUUCUCUACACUUUAGUUAUACCCAUCAGAUACUAUGUACGCUACAGGAUAAAUGUCUACACUAUAUCACUGGUAAGUUAAAUACUUUUAAGAAUACUAUUCUUAUUCUUAAUUUGGGGGCAGCAGACCGAGUUAGUGGUCCGCUAGGUAUACGAUUCUUUUAGUUUUGGUGAUUUUAAAUAUCAACGGUGUUUCUCAGAAAUAUCUUACUUCACAUUUAUUAAAAAUAUAAUCCACUAAAUUUAGAUCCUGGUUGACGUCAAGACAUAUAUGGAACACCCACUUUUCAAGAUCCAACAAAUUCCUGAGUUAAUCAAAUUAAGUCCCGCCCUUAUUUAUUAAUUUUUUUUCUUGUUUAAGAUCCUGUUUCACUAAUAAACAACGUCACAUUACUAAAGUAAAUUGAGUUGCAAAUGCUGUUUGAUGACUUUACAGCUCCUAGUUUACUACAGGCAGG